CAGUCGGUUCUCUCUCGCUCUCGCUGGAAAAAGGCAAAGGUAAACAGUGGACAAAGACACCGGUAGGGAUAACAAAGGAUUCGGAGAUUGUUUGCACCGGAAGCGGAAGUGCAGCCAUUUGCUGUAUCCCAAAAACAAGGAAAUAACUCAUACGCAAUACCGAAAUUACGCAUACGCACAGCAGACAAACAAAAGAAGUUGGAAAAUAACUGAAUAAGGAAAUUAAGCACACGCACGAUAAUAAGGAAAUUACUCAUACGCCACCGUGGCCGUUGGAUGAGCUAGGAUUUUGUGCCAGCAGAAAAUAUGGGUACACCUCAUGUCUGCUUCGCUGAUGAGCAGCAGCAGGAACUGCAACAACAGCACAGGACUGCCAGUAACGGCAGCCUGAACAACAACAACAACAAACUGGAUGUGGGCUACAACAACACCGGUGGCACUCCAUCGCCGGGCGGCAGUCUAAGCGUUUCGCCAACACCGCGCUACGAACGCAAUCUGGGCUUUUUUCGGCAGCUGAGCCGCCGCUUCGGCCUGAGGUCGCAGGAUGACCUAGUUCACUCGGAUGACGCAGCCAGCGUUGCAACAUCGAGGAGCGGCGGAGGCGGCUGUGGAGGUGGAGUAGCCGGGGUCACUCUCCAGGAGGAGGACGCGCACAGUUCAUCGACCGACUCGUGCUCCUCGGGGCGUGGCCUCAACGCACACCAGUCGCGUCUGGAGCUGAUGUCCAUGUCGUGCGCCUCCAGCGAAACGAGCAGCACGCUGGACAUCGAGGAGCAGCAGGAGCAAAUGCAGCACCAGCAGGCGCAGCAAUCGAAACGGAAGCCGAUUAGCCGAGCCAGUUUCUCGCGUCUCCAUCGUCGCUCCACAUCCUCGCUGCGUCGCGCCUUCGAGAGCCUUUCGCUAACCUCGCGUUCGCUGUCCUGCAGCGGUCCCUCACCUCCGCCACCCCUUCCCCCAGCCGGCGCACAGCCAGCAGCUGCAUUGCCUUUGAAGUCGGCUCUCAAAUCCGCAUCGAAUGUCGAGCUGCACAGGCAGCAACAGCAGCAACAAAAGCAACCAACCGGCAGGUCAUCAUCAUCGUGCUGCGGUUCGGCGUCUAAGAACAACAAGGUGAAGCCGCCGCCACAAAGGAUCCUGCGGCAGCCCGUCUCCUACACAUAUCUCAAAGGCAUGUCCGGCCUGCCAACGCAGCGAGUGCCGCGCAGCUCUGUGUGCUGUCAGUACGCCAGGCGUUAAGGAUCUCAUGAUCAAGGGUAAAUCAUCUAGAACAGUAUAUGCAGGAUAAUAAGGCACUGAAAGAAAUCAGCUAGUCAAACAAUCAUAAAAAGUACUUUCGAUUUCCUUUUAAGCCAUUCGUUUUUAUUUUUUUGUUUAAAUAUAAAUGUUAAGCAAUACAUUUAGCGCUAACAUUUUUCAUUUUAAAAAAAUUAUUCGAUUUUAUUUCAUGAUACAUUUAAUAUCAAUUAAAAUUUUAAGAGCUGCACAAAACCACGAUCGUUACAUAGCUUAGUACUUUAUUAGUUUUAAUUCAACUAAAAUUCAAAACAUUUAUAAAAUAAUUUGAAUGUUUUAAGACCCAUCAAAUCCCUUAGGUAAGUCAGCAAACCCUUAAAGAAAAAGCAAUCAUUUGUAAUUUCAGGUGGUUAAAACAUUAUUGAUAUAAUACAUAGACACCAUCUUCCACUGAAUGUUCCCUACUCCCGCGAUCCCUGAAAUUCAUUUCAAAAUCUGUGAUACAACAAUCGUAACCCUUUCCCAAGCCCUCCCACAAAAAUCUUCCUCUCCGAGUCCAUCACAACUUAUUCGAUUUAGUAAAACAUCAUCAGAAUUGGUAAAGAUCUUACAAACUUACAUGAUAAAGUUUUAUAACAAUUUGAAUAACUUUUGCACCUAAUAAAUAUGAAUUGAAUCGUAGAUGCGUAGAAUUUGUCAGAUAUAGAGCGAAUAUACACACAUUUUUCAGCGCUUUGAUGCUAGAUCAAGAUCAUUUCAUACCAAAGACUGUAAACGCAAAACAAAAUUGAGAUGAAGUUAAGAAGUUUGAUUGAAUCGAUUGGAAAAGUCACAAUAGAUUUCCUUUUUGUAUAAAUUCUUAUACAAUUCGUGCCUUUAUCAAAAAGUCAAAGCAAACAGAGAUUCGCAUAAUAAACAUUUGUUCCAGGAGAAAUCACUUAAGAAGUAUAUAUGAUAAGUUUAAACAAAAAUUUCCUUUUUAAAUGUUAAAUGGGAUCAAAAUUUGUCAGGCAUUUAUCUAUGUUUCGCAAUCCUAACUGAAUCAGCCAAAGUAAACUCUCCUAGGAAACUUAAAUUAUUUAAAUUAAGAGUUUUUAUUCAGAUAAAAGUACUAAUUUGCCAACAAUAAUUAACACACUCCAGAGAUAUAAUAAACCCAGCACUCCAGUAAGUAGAGUUCAGAUGUAGAUGAUAUAUAGCAAGUCAAAACCAGCCGCGAAACUGACUUAAGAGUAUUCAACAUAUACAUUACUUUAGCAGUUAUACACAUUUACAGUUUAUAGAGAAAAAUAUUAAAUAACGCAAACCAAGGCCUAACUAUAUAUAUAUAUAUAUAUAUAUAUAUAUGUAUAUGAAUGCAAACGCAUUGAAUCGCAAGCCAAAGCAAUAAAGUUGAAGAAUUAUACAGAACAAUAUCAACAUUAAUAUACACAUUAUAUACAGCAGCAUCUACUUAUAAAUAACUAUUUACCUAAGCAGCCAACAAGCAGCAAUGAAUUGUAAUCAUCUGAAAGGCCGAUAGCCCAAAUGCAAACAGAGUUCAAUAAAAGUGAAAUAAUUUAC